AAAAAUCGGCAAUUGGAUGAAUGUAUUUAAUUAUUACCAGUAGAAUUUAACUAAGAUAUAAUAUUACGAGAGUUAUAACAACUUGAAUUAGUUUACUUAAAAACUUACUUAAAAGAGAUAAAAUUAAAAUAUUGUAAUCGCAAAUUAUUUGGCUACGAUAAAAAAAAUCCCCAAGUCCGAAGUUGAUGCGUUGCCCUGUGUAUCAGCUGAUUUAUAACAUGUGGUCAUUCUAUAUGUAUAUCUUCAUUGAAUUAUAUAAAAACCGAAAUAAGUGUUAAAUAUUUUCAGGAAGUAAUUUUUUGUAAUAAUCAUGAUAAACACAUUCCUACGUUUAGGAAAUCGGUCUGUUUUUAGAGGAUUGCAAAUACUGCGGUAUGAAGUUGCGAUUCAACGGCUAGCUUCUUUUACAGUACGAAAUAUCUUAAAUGAAACAUCUGAUGAAACUGGGACAUUGUUUACACGUUUUGCAAAGCAUAUAGCGUUAGAACUACAGAAAGAUGCUCCAAUUGUACCGACAGUAAUCAAGUAUGCUGAUUAUUUUCCAAUAAGUGAUACACGUUACUUUCAAAGAGAGCUGGCUCGAAUAUCUCCCGAUCAACUUCCGGCAUUAAUAGUGUACGCAUUCAACUACCGGCCUAGUGCUGAUUUAAACAAGUAUGCCAUAUUAAUAAAUGAGAUAGAUGCGACUGCCAUAAGGCUGCUUCCAAACAUGGAUCUCGAUACAAUUCUACGAACAUUAUAUGCUUUUCUUUAUCUCAUGCCCAACUGGAUUACGAGAACAGAUUUUUAUAAUGCGGCAAUGAAACAUAUAAUAAUGGGAAUUGCAGCAGAUACACCAAAAGAAAAAUUUGUUCAAAUGUGUUUCUAUUUGGGUUUGGAGAAAACUCGAAGAGCUACAAAUGUUGUAUCUUUGUCAAAUUUUCUAAAUGACAAUUUAGAAUCAUAUAUUCCAACAUUAACUACUUUAGACUUUAUUACAGUGGCUAAUGCUGCUUUUAAAACAUCAACCCGUUUAGAAAGCAAUAUAUAUAAUAAUCGUUUAAAAGAAGAAACACUGAAGCUCUCACUUGAGGAUUCGGCAAAUGAUGCACUCUUAGUGACUUUAAUUAAAGCAAUGCGUUUUCAGCGAGUUCAAUCAAAGGAGGUGUGUGAGCACCUAAAAAAUUACUGUACUCAAGGCAUAGUUGAGAGGCUUCAAUUACGCGGUUGCAUUCAUUUAUUCGCUUACUUUGCCGAUAAUCUUUGGGAUGAUGAGAGUUCAAUUGACUCUUUGAUAAAACAAUGUUUAAAUCGACUAGUUUCUUCACGGAAGAUUGAUAUGAAUGAUGAAAAUGUUCGCUGUAAAGACAUCUCUACAUUCCUUUGGUGCUGUGCACAACUUAAUUGUAAUUUAUCAGCAUCUGAUCUUCAAUUAAUUGAGUCAAAUCUAUUGAAUAAAAUUGACCAAGGUGAAUUUCGAAACUAUGUGGAUCAGUUAGUUGAUAGCUGUUUAUCUUUGUGGACGUUAGGCUACAAAUCACGCGAACUUAUUGAGGAAACGGUAAAUUUGAAGCUAAAUGCACGAUUCAUUAACAAAAAAGAUCUACGAGAUUUACCGAAAGUCGAGAGUCGCUUACAGGUGCUCCUGUCAGCUAUUAGGAUAGAAGAGCCGAAAUGGCAGUUAAAAAAUAUAAAAGGAUCAACGGAAAUUGCUGUCGACACAGAAGCUCCAUCAUAUUUACUAAAAAAUCGCAAAAAUUUGAUAGAUAUGUCAAAGAAAAUAGCAGAACACUCUAAUGUACUUUCCGCUCAAUUAGUUUGUCCUAUUAGUGGUAUAAAUAUACCUAACGUUCUAGUGAUUUAUAAGGAACCUGCUAAUUUAAGAGUAUUUGUGGAGCUAAUUCCUGAAGAGCAAAAGAUGAAAUUUAGUAAGUCUCCUAUAGGAUUAAUAGGACUAAAGAUUCGAUUAUUGUCAUCUCUGGGAUAUAAAGUCAUAACUUUAACUGAGUCGCAAUGUAAUGACAAUGAAAACAGUUUAGCAUUUUUGGGGCGUAAUAUCGAAGGCAGUGAUAUUCCGGAGGCUCAAUCAUUAAAAGUUUAAAUAUUAAUAUUAAAUGUGAUUUUGUUAUCAUGUACAUAUAAGGAUUGUACCUGCAUUAAGAAAAUAUUACAAUAAUAUGAAUAUAAUGUACUAUAAAAAUAUCUACCGAAUUUAAACAACUUAACGAUAACACCCAGAAAUAAAUAUUGUCCACACUGCUUAUAAAAUGUCAUAAAUUUAGCAGUAAAUGUUUAUUCUAGAGCUUUGGUUGGCAAACUUACACAUUCAGACUA